AGGUCGUUGGUCACUUUGUUAAUGCGCCCCCACAUUGGUUCAGACCAGAUGUAAGCGCACAACACUAUGACCCACGAUAAGACAAAUGAACCUUUGUCUUCGCCCGCGUGGCGUAAUUCUUUCAUUCUUCGUUCAACAGAACAUCUGGGAAAUUUAAUUUGCUGUCUGUAUCUCUGUGCAAAGCGCUUCUUAGAGACUGUUCAAUUCACCAUGAAAACUUGGAUCACUUUAGGAUUAAUAAAAAAGAGAGUGAACAAAAAAUGUAAAUAUGUUUAUGUUCUCAAGAGAGGAAAACCAAUUAAAAAGAGAUCGAUUAUUAAGAACUCAAAACCAAUAUUUGUCAAAGAUUUUUUGGAUCGAAAACUAAAGAAUCCUUUGACACACAGAAUCAAUUUUCUUCAUGGAAUUUAUCUGGUUUUAAACAGGAGUCAUGGUUACUGUACAGAUUUUAUAUUAGAAGAGUUGAAAGAUUACUGCAGAAACGAUGACAGUCUAGAAAUUAGUAGACUUAAAGAUGCACUUAUGAAACAGAGCGAUGAUCUUUACGAUCUGCAUUCUAUAGUUCAAGACUUCCACGACUUAGGCUGUAACAAGAAAGGUAUCAAUAAUGGAGUUUUCGGAUGUUACAAAGCUGCAAACAUUUUGAAUGACCUUGUAAAUGUAUCACGUUGUCCAUGUUCAAAUCCCAUUUACUUUCAUUACAACAGAAAGAUGGAAAAUUGCCUCACCAAACACAAUGCUGCCUUCAGUUCCAAAUAUUUACCAAGCCCUCAAAUUCUUCGGAACCAGAGAACUUUUGUUCUUACCUUACAGAAAUGUUUUAAUGCCCUUUCUGAUAUCAAUAUGAAGCAAUAUGAUGAUUGA